AUGUCGCAACCAGAGAAAGUCGAAGUCGACGAGAAGACGCAGGAUGUGAGUCCCAUCUCUGUGGGGUCGCCUAAAAUCGCCUCCACAGGGAUUCUCCCGCAUCACCGCGAUCUCCACGAUUCCAGUGUGACUUUCGAGGAGUACUACCACUAUGCGCAACUCACCCGCGCCGAAGAAGAUAAUGGUGAUGGGGGUGUGCAGCCGACAGCGGAAGACGUCACUGUCGAUGCCUCGGCCAUCAACACCAAUGACCCAUCUACCCGCGCAACCAUCACGGAGGCAGAGUGGACGAAUGCAUCGCGGGCCCUGCGCACCGCAUCCCGGGGAGCGAUCUUCUACCUCAUCACGACGGAUAUCCUGGGUCCGUUCGGUCUGCCGUAUUCAUUUUCCUCGAUGGGCUGGGGACCGGGGAUUGCCCUGUUUACUGUGUUCGCCGGUCUUGCUGGAUAUUCGGGAUACUUACUCUGGGACACCUUCCUCGGGUUGGACUCAUACCAGUUCCCCCUGCGCAGCUUCGGUGAUAUGGGCUUCCGUUUGUAUGGCCCUUGGCUUCGUUACCUGUUCAACAUCCUGCAAAGCAUCCAGUUGAUCCUCAACGUCGGUCUGAUCGUCAUCUCCAACGGCGAGGCUCUGUCGCAAGCCACCAAGUUCAAGCUCUGCUUCAUCGUUUGCUGCUUGAUCUGGGCCAUUGUCGGUUUCGUCCUCGGCCAGGUCCGAACUCUGCAAAAGUUUGGAUGGCUCGCUAACGCGGCUGUAUGGCUGAACUUGAUUUGCAUGUUCAUCACGAUGGGCGGUGCUGCCCACUCCCCUCCCAACUACGCGGGUGCCAGCCAGGCUGCGGGUGCAGGUAUCCCCAGUGGAUUUAACAACAAAACCGCAACCCUGGUGGACCCCUUGGCCGACGGAUCGUAUCUUCCCGUCAUGACCUCUGGUGGACUUCCGGAUCCGAGCGACUUUGUUGCCUCUCUCACGGGAGCCAUGCAGGCGGUGUUUGCCUAUGGUGGUGCGAUGGUCUUUCCCGAGUUCAUGGCUGAGAUGAAGCGUCCGAAGGACUUCUUGACUGGCAUGUGGGCUGCGCAGGCUUUCAUCUACUUCCUCUACAUGCUCUACGGCCUGUUCAUGUACGGCUACCAGGGCCAGUACACCAUCAACCCUUCGUACCUCGGCAUCAGUAAAUACAGCGUUCAGACUGCCGGUAACGUGUUUGCCAUGGUUUCUGCUGUGAUCGCGGCUGGGUUAUACGGGAACAUCGGUGUGAAGGUCAUCUACAGCAACAUCCUGGUGGACCUCUUCCGCUGCCCCCCCUUGACCACCAAGACCGGCAAGUUCAUCUGGGUUGCUUUGAUCCCGAUCUACUGGGCUAUUGCCUUUAUCAUCGCUGCCGCUAUCCCCAGCUUUUCCGGUCUGACCUCCGUGGUCGCCGCAUUCUGUAUUCUGCAGUUCACCUACACCUUUCCUCCCAUGCUCGCCUGUCUCUUCUGGCUCAAGAAGUACUCUCUUGCGGACGGAGAGGGAUUCGACCCUUCUACCGGCGUAACCGUACGCCACGACGGUGGCGUCAAGCGCUUCGCUCGUGCUUUGACGAAGAUGGGCAUGAAGCGAAUGUUCUUAUUCGUGUUCAACGUCCUUUACUUCCUCGGGGCUUUGGCUCUUGCGGGACUGGGUGCUUACUCUGCUAUCACGAGUUUGAAAACGGCGUACGCGACGGCGGUGACUACCUCGUUCACUUGCCAAAGCCCAUUGGACGGUUAA